GGUCUACUUCUAGCAUUAAGCCAAGCGCUGGGAGCGUGUGUACCGCGGCUGGUCCUCCGGUCGUCAGCAAGAAUGACCGAAGGCCGCUCGCGUGGCGGACGGAGGCCUCAGCAACGCGAGUCGCUCGUGCGACGCGACCCUACACGAAGGACGCGGCGCGCUACGAACCGGGUGGCGAGGAGUGCGGGAGCGUUUUUAGCCGCCGCUAUGGUCGCCCUGUGGUCGCCCUCUGUGCUUUGGGGACCGCGCGCGUUGAUCUCGCGCGUUGCCCGCAAACAAAAAUUGCCGAGGACGCCGCGCCUGCUGCAUGCCAGAUGCGUACAUGGGUCGCUUGGAGCCGUGGCAAGAGGCGUGGUGGCCUCCACGUUGCGCAAACUUCGCCAAGCGCUAUCUCAAGGCCGACAGCUAAAAAGGCAUCGCCCCGCGUCGCUAAGGACCCGCUGAACACACAGACUCGCGCGAGUGCCUUCUAUAAGGCCAAGGAACAACUACGAGGCUUGGCGCGGCCGUUUGCGCGCUCGGCGCGGAGCACAGUCCCGGAGAUUUCGGCUGUGGCUCCUGGGGCUUCGCCCGGAGGCCCCGUCGCGGCGCCGCCGCAGCCCUCUGGCGGCCACCGCCGGCGGCGUACAACGCCCCAACCCGAUAAACCGCCCAGCAAAAGGGUCGCGCGGCCGCGCUCCCGGAACGCGCGCGAGAGCAAAAUUUCAGAGAGCCAACAAAACUCGCACGCAGGCGUCACCCAAGCUCUUCACCUCUCUCUGCGCGCGGAAAAGGGCGCAGAAUAUCAAUUCUCGCGCACCAGCCACGCACAGGACGUGACCAGCACGCAACAAUGGGCCAGAAACGCAACAGCUCGACCAUGGAGGAGCGCGAGGCGCGCAAGCGCGCGCGCAUGGAGCGGAACCGGCUCAGCGCGGCGCGGCACCGGCAGCAGCAGCGGGACCUCAUCGCGUCCCUGCAGCAGCAGCUGGCGGCCGCGCUCGCCGAGAACGACCGCCUCCGCCGGGGCCUGCCCGUGCCCGGCUCGCCGAUCGUCACGACCGAACCAGCAGUGUUCACCCUAUUCUCGACUCCCAGCAGUGGAAUCGUUUGCGACGAUCGACGAGCCGGCGCGGCGGCCCCUUGCGCCGCGGGCGACCGCGCCCGCGCCCCUCCCCCCGGCCCGCGCGGCCGUAUCAACGGUGUCCGUGUCCGACUCGGACUCGGCCGACGACGCGUCGUCGGGCGCGCCCGAUGACGCGGCGUCGCUGGACGGCAUCGCGGUCGACGACCUCGAGUUCAUGAGCGGCUUCCUGCAGCAGGCCCUCGACGGGCCGGCGCCGGAGCCCCUCGCCUCGUGGUAGUCGCGCGGCUUCUUGUUUGGAGUCGCGGCCGGAACCCCUCCCCCCUCCUUGUACUAAGACCAUGAGAAGAA